UAAUGGAAUGAUAAAGUUCUAAUCUCCGAGGCUGUUACUCGCGGGAUUGUAUUAUUGACAUGGUGAUGUGGUCACUUGACCAGCAUGUGAAAGGUUGCUCCUUGCCAGUUUUGCUUUUGCUGCUAAGCGAGAUGUGUCUCGCCCGAAAAUUCGGGAUACAAUGCGGUAGAGGGCGCUUGAAGACGUGUUCUGGGUGCCAAGGAUUUUUGAAAUGUGAUAGCUUUGAGGAUGAUGAGAAAGGGAAAAGGAAGGUUGUGGUUGUGGGUUCAAUGAUAGAACUUGAGCAAGAAAGCCUGCUGGUGGUUGGCUGCUAUGCCUAUCAGCAGCGGAAAGAUACCAAAUGAGCUACAAUGAAAAUCGCCAGGCUGUGUUUAUAGCACGUAAACAAACUAAAAAGUAUACGGCUCUUUCUAUUUCAAAUCCUGGGAUCCCUUUCGUUUUCAUUUCUGUCACGAGUAGAAUUUCCGUCACCAAGUUAGAAGACAGAAGACGGAGGUCAGCGUUCAAAAUCUGCGAUUGCCGAAAUAGUUCUUAAGAAGAUUUGAGUCAAAAACAUAACGACAGUUGGCAGCACUCACAAACACUGGUCGAGUAUUUGCAGACCUGAGUUUAGAUCUUCGCAUGCUUGUCGACAAUAUAGAUCAGUAAACAAAUAGAGCUUCAGGUACCGUAGACGAGUCCCAUAUAAUCGUAACUUCCCUCCCGAUAAAUUUCCCUUUUAAGCACUCUCAAAGCAGGAACAAGUUACUGUACAACCCAUCUACCAUAAAAAAUGGCCGACCGGAUCCUCCCGCAACCACCAGCCCCUUCGGCCUCGGCAAUUUUUCCCUCUCAUCGGAAGCCAAGCGCGAUCCCGGUCCGCCUCUUUCCAACGCCGACAAAACCUCCCAAGCAAAGAAAUCCAAUCGUCCACCACCACUUAUUCCCACCUACAGUUUCUCUUCCGCCAUUUGCAUAUAUUAGAAUUUUUUGGUUGUGCUUUUGUUGCGCAGUAUACACAUAUACAUACAUACAAUGCAGCACCGGUAACGUGCUUUUCUUGGGAACAGAUUGGUUUGGUUGCGAUUGUUUUUUGGAUUGCGGCCGUGAUUGCGAGUUCAGAUUGGCAUUUGCGAGGAUGAGGGUUAGAGCUGGAGCUGGAGGGAGGGCCUUGGGGAGGGUGAUUGAGGGGACGGGGAGGAGUGGAAGGAGAGGGUUCUGUGUGCAGUGUCGGCAAGAAAGGGGAGGAGUAUCUGCGACUUCAAUUGGGGUGGGCUAUGUGGGAAGACAGAGUGUCACUGGGAAUGCUAUGGGGAGGAGACCAAGGUUUAUCCUGCCCUCGUCAUUUAUAGCUGGGCAGAGAAGGGCUUUGGCCACGGUGAAGAAUGUAAAUCCUGACGAUCGAGGGCCAUUGAUCGAGUACGACGACCGAGUUGAUAACGGCCGACUCAGAAACGACGAACAUCAGAGAGGCAUCAUAGAAAGUCUGCAGCACUUACACGACGAGCUACGACCAUACCACGCCCGUCCCAUCACGCACCCCACCAUCGAAUCCCUCAAGCCGCCACCGCAAUCCGUGUUAGGUCGGCUCUUUGGCAAUGCGCCAAAGGAGAGAAAACUACAAGAUAUACCCGAGGAUUUGCCCAGAGGGUUGUACCUGUACGGCGAUGUUGGGAGUGGCAAGACGAUGCUGAUGGAUAUGUUCUACGAGACGCUUCCCAGUAGCGUGACUUCGAAGACGCGCAUUCAUUUCCAUAAUUUUAUGCAGGAUGUUCAUAAGAGGUUGCAUCAGAUGAAGAUGGAGCAUGGGAAUGAUAUCGAUGCUGUGCCAUUCGUGGCGGCUGAUAUUGCUGAGAAGGGGAAUGUGUUGUGUUUUGAUGAGUUUCAGUGUACUGAUGUUGCGGAUGCUAUGAUUUUGAGACGCCUUCUGGAGGCCUUGAUGUCUCAUGGUGUUGUACUUGUUACCACGUCUAAUCGCCACCCAGAUGACCUUUACCGCAACGGCAUCCAGCGGGAAUCCUUCAUUCCUUGCAUAAAUCUCCUCAAGAAUCGCCUACAUGUUAUCAAUCUCGACUCGCCAACAGAUUACCGCAAGAUCCCACGACCACCCUCAGGAGUCUACCACUCUCCUCUAGACAAGCAUGCCGAUUCCCACGCAGAGAAAUGGUUCCGCUUCCUAGGCGAUCCAGAACAGGACCAACCUCGCUCAGAAACGCAACGAGUCUGGGGCCGCGAAAUCCACGUGCCGAAAGUCAGUGGCCGAGCCGCCAUGUUUACAUUCGACGAGUUGAUCGGCAGACCCACCAGUGCAGCCGAUUACAUCGAGCUGACGCGCAGCUACGACUCCUUCAUCGUAACGAACGUCCCUGGCAUGACCCACCGCGAACGCGAUCUCGCCCGGCGCUUCAUCACAUUCAUCGACGCAGUGUACGAGUCCCGCGUCAAGCUUGUCCUCACUACCGCCGUUCCCCUAACACAACUCUUCCUCUCGCGCGAAGAAAUUGAAAAGGACGUCAAGAAAGACAAAGCGGAUAAGAGAGGCCAGGUAGAAGACCACGAGGACUUGGACUCAACGAUGCGCAAUCUGAUGGAUGAUCUUGGCUUGAAUAUGAAAGCGUUGAAGAAUAGCAGUAUUUUUAGUGGUGAUGAGGAACGGUUUGCGUUUGCGAGAGCGCUGAGUAGAUUGAGUGAGAUGGGAAGUAGGGAGUGGGUUGAGAGGGGGAUGGGAUUGGAGAAGGAUGGGGGGAAGAAGGAGAGAGAUGAUUGGCAGAAGGUGAGGAGUAAGCAGAUGGAGGAUAGUAUGUAGAAUCCUCGUUGGUAGGAGCUGAGGUGCGGAAGCGCGCAGAAGCGCUGUUGGAUAGUUUUUGGGAAAGUACCUAUAGAAAGAGAAGAAGUUUGGACACCAUAGAUGGCGCCGGAGCCAUUGGCAUGAGCCAACCGAAGAAACGGUAGGAAAGACAGACAUGAUAAUCGUCUGGAACACCGUACCCCAAUCUCCUCCAAGCCUCAUAUUACAUACAUCACAAUUCACCACCCUCGGGAUCAACCUUCCUCCCCCCUGCUCCUCUCCUCCUCUCCUCUUCCCCAAUGUGCACACAUCCCACAUCCCAAAGAGCCCUUCCCUUCCCAUCCCUUCCCUUCCCGCCGCCAAACAUUACGCCACUUCCUACAUACCUACCCACCUUACCACCCUCUCCCAUCCCACUCCCUGCCCAUUCCCCCCUCCCCUCUCCACGUCCAGAAAUCCAGGCCAUCAGCCCAUUUCUCCAUUCUUUUCAGCUCCGCGCCGACCCAAUCAACCAAUCCCCCUUCACCGGUUAAAUGCUGCUGGACCCGAGGGAGUGGUUGUCUGGUUGUUUAAGCGAGGUGGUACAUACCUAAGGUAGGUAUCCCUUGAUGGGAUGGGAUGACGAGUGGAGAGGAGGUAUAGGAGAUGCAGUGUUAGUGUUAGUGCGAGGAGCUAAAUUUUGAGAUGUGCAACAACGUUUUUGGUGGAGGGACAGG